CCACGCACAGCGCCAACUGACAACUGUAACCACCUUUUAAACCUCUCUCCGCCGUCCCUCACCUCAGCAUACGCGCAUUCGUUCAUUCGUUCCUUCCUCUGAGUUUUGAACCUUCGCUUCUCUCUCUCUGCACGCCUCUUCUGCCACGAGAGAGAGAGAGAGAGACGCUGCAGAGAGAAAUAGAAUCAAUCAAUUUAGGCCUUAACAGUUAUAGUUUUAGAUAUGGCGUAUCCCAAAAAUUCAUUCGGAUUCGGAGUUGUGGCCAUGCUUGCCACUCUCAUAUUUGCUCUUUCCGUGCCCGCUGCUGUUCAUGCUCAAACUCCAGCCCCUGCACCUGCCCCUACCAGCGACGGGUCGUCUGUUGAUCAAGGCAUAGCGUAUGUGCUGAUGUUGUUGGCGCUGGUACUCACGUACCUCGUCCACUCUGCAGACAUUUCCUCCAGCUUCUGAAUUUCAAGCAAAAUGGCAUAUGCGUGCUAGCCAGAGGGUAUUAUGUUUGUUGUUAUGAUUAAGAUGUUGGUGUAAUAUUGGUAUGAAACUGAUGUAUGAUUUAUAGGUGGUGUUAUGUUUGUUCGUGCCAUAUAUCGGCUAGUGGUUGUGUAGUUGUGGUUGGUACCAAUGUCACAUUCAUUUAAGUGACAAACUUAAAUAUUCUUGUCAAUAUUUUUUCUCUUAGCAAUAUAAUGAUUAUCUUGUUUUCGGCUUUA